ACCAUGGCUGCAAUUGUUUAACGCUAGAACAGCUGCCGAUGUCUUUGGAACAUAUUUAAAAUGUUAAUGUCAUUACAAUUUUAAAGUCAUGUCCACCUCCGUCCUUGACAUUUUUCUAAAUAAGUCUAUCGGUGGCAUCCACAGUUUCACAGUCCCCCCAGAAGGACUGAGCGACCACUGGCCCAUCAUAAUUAUAGAUGUAGCCUAAAUUGACAAGUCUGAUGGGUGACAAUAUUGUAAAUUGUCUCGUGAUAGGAAGAGACUGAUGAACAGCACAGCGUGUGUAAUUGACAAAGAAGGGAACGGAGUUUACCAUAAAGCUACUCUUUAAAAUCAUCCUACAGAUGUUCACGCAGGGCACCACCCGGCCUCCCACCUGGGCGAACCAGCCGAGACAUGGGCGCUGGGCCAGCCGGUUGGGGCGUGGAAGCCCGACGAACCAGCAGGAGCGUAAGAGCCUGGCGAGUUGGCUGAGGCAUGGGAGCCUGACGAUCCCGCUGCAGAGAGGAUGCCGCGGAGCCGACCGAGGAAAGUAAACCUCUCGGGCCAGCCAGGGCGUGGAUGCCCGACGGGCUGGCUUAGGUACCCCCGGUUCCAUCCGUGGCGGAAUCCACCCCGACGUCACCAACAAAACAAAACAAAAAAACUCCUGGACCGGCUGGGCGAACAAAAACUGGCGAUCUGGCUGAGACGAAGCAGGUGAAAACUAAUGGGUCCACGAUUCCUCCGCAAAAGACGUGCAUUGAUUACGACGUGCAGAUGUUCCUCCGAUCGCAAGUGAUGAUUUAUGCCAUCCAAGAGAUAAACAGGUCUCAGAUGUUGCCCAAUGUGAGUGUCGGAUACGAAAUAUACGACACCUGUGGGGAUGUAACAAAUGCCAUCAGAGCAACACUGAGCAUGAUGGAGGACAUCCAGGGGCAGGGGGUGAAGCCUAAUGUAACCACACCACAUGUUAAAGUGGUAAUUGGGGAGAGGUAUUCUGAGAAGUCAAUAGCUGUUGCCCGUCUACUAGCUCUACCUUUAGUGGCUCAGAUCAGUUAUUCAUCAACAAGUGAGUUGCUCAGUAGGAAGUGCAAGUUCCCCUCGUUUCUGCGAACGGUAUCCAGUGAUGAGCAUCAGACCAUUGCGAUCGCUGAGUUGGUGAAGCAUCUCACCUGGGAGAGCGUGGGAGUGAUAGGCAGUGACGAUGAGUUCGGCAAGUAUGGCGCCGAGAGGCUGAUCGAUCACUUCAAUGACAGGAAACUGUGUGUGGACUUCAAGGAGAUCCUAUCAGCAAACUUUUUACUCAACGAGACCAGAACGCAAACAGAAUUGGCCAUGCUCAUGUCAAAGAUUCGCAAUUCGUCUGCCGAGGCCAUUGUCAUUUUCACAGCUGAAUUGAAUGUUAGGAUCAUCCUCAAAGAGGUCCUUAGAAUGGGGAUCAGCAGAAUUUGGAUCGCAAGUGACACUUGGGCCACCAACAAGGAGUUUUCUGAAAUGCUCGAUAUUCAAAAGGUUGGGAGGGUAUUUGGAUUAAUUCCAAAGAGAAACAAAGUGCCGGGUUUUCAUGAGUACGUCCGUGACUCUAUGUUCCAAAGUAAAGCCCAUAACAGCUUUAUCCAUGAAUUUAUGUGUCAUUAUCCUCCAUGUCCCGAUUCCUUGGUAGAUGAAAGUGUGCUGAACUGUGCAUUACCCGACACCAAAUCCCAGUCAGAGAGUGGUGGAAGGACAUGCCUGGACAGAAGGUGCUUAUUGAAAUACAUUGACGAGGAUGAGUCUUAUUACAUCUAUCUAGCGGUCAAAGUCAUUGCUCAGGGGCUGAGAAGCCUGCUGAACUGCGACAAUGUAAGGUGUAAACGAAAUGCCAGUUUUGCUGUUUGGGAGCUUCUAGAGGAACUCAAGCGGGUUAACUUCAUAGUGGACAAUACCACACACAUAGCUUUCAAUGAAGAUGGUGACCCUACUACAGGAUAUGACAUCGUAGAGUGGAAUAUGUCGGUUUCAGAAAAUCGGAUAAUAACCGUUGGAGAGUAUAGGCCUGAUGAACCCAUCCGCAUCAGAGAGCAUCUCAUCAGAGAGUUCGAAAAUGUUACAGUGACUUUUGCCAACUGCUGUAAGACAUGUAAUCCGGGAUACGAGUUAAUUUCAAAGAUAAACUCAUGCUGCAAGGAGUGUUCUCUUUGCAGUCGUGGAUACAUUUCUACCGGAGGUGGUAAGAAGUGCGUGGCCUGUCAUCCACAAAGGGAGUACACAUCCUCAGACAUGGACAGAUGUUUGAUGAAAACCAUUGAGUACCUGGGGUGGACUGACGCUUUCACCACUGUUCUGGUCUCAUUUGAUGUCUUGGGGAUUGUUGUCAGCCUUCUGGUGGCCAUUUUGUUUGCUGUGGAUCGUAGAACACCCAUAGUGAAAUCCACUGGAGGCUACCUCAGCUUCCUGGAGCUGCUGUCCCUGCUGGCCUGCUUCUGCUGUAUCAGUAUGUUCCUGGGGGAGCCAACAAAGACCACCUGCAUGGCGGGUCUCCCACUCUUUGGCAUGGCCUUCACUGUCUGCGUCUCCUGCAUCCUGGCCAACCUGCUCCAGAUCUUUGUGGCCUUCACUUUCAAUCUGAGGGUUACAGUCGGCGACACACUGAAGCGCCUCAACCGACCCAUCGCCGUGGUAACGUGCUGCUCGGCGGUCCAGGUGGCCGUGUGCGUGCUGUGGCUGACCUACGCCCCACCGUUCAUUGUCGAAAGCAGCAGGUUCGACGAGGCCACCAUCCUUCUGGAGUGCAACAAAGGUUCCAAGAUGCUCUUUGGCGCCAUGUUGACUUACAUUGCCCUGCUGGCAGUGGUCUGCUUCCUGUUUGCUUUCAAAGGGAAGCAGUUGCCAGAUUUGUAUAAGAACGCCAGUUUUGUCUCCAUCAGCAUGAUGAUUUUCCUGGUGGUUUGGAUCGUCUUCAUCCCUGUCUACAUCAACAUGUCGGGGAAGUACCAGCAGGCCAUCGAGGCGGCGGCCAUCUUGGUGUCCAAUUACAGCGUACUCUGUUGUCACUUUGCUCCCAAGUGCUACAUCAUGCUCUUCAGGAAAGAGCUCAACAACGAGAAUGCCAUCACAAAUUACAUCCGGAAACACUAUGAAAAGAAGGGCAUGGCUGUUGUCAGCAAAUAGUUUGUUGAUAGUAGCGAUACGAGGUAUUUGAGGCAGAAAUGUACAUGAAGGUAGGGUAAAUUGACUAGGCAUCAGGAUAGAUAAUAAUGAGGUAUUUGAGGUAGAUACGUACAUGAAGGCAGGGUAAAUUGACUAGACAUCAGGAUAGAUAAUAAUAAGGUAUUAGAGGUAGAUACGUACAUGAAGGUAGGGUAAAUUGACUAGGCAUCAGGAUAGAUAAUAAUAAGGUAUUUGAGGUAGAUAUGCACAUGAAGGUAGGGUAAAGUGACUAGGCAUCAGGAAAGAUAAUAAUGAGGUAUUUGAGGUAGAUAUGUACAUGAAGGUAGGGUAAAUUGACUAGGCAUCAGGAUAGAUAAUAAUGAGGUAUUUGAGGUAGAUACGUACAUGAAGGCAGGGUAAAUUGACUAGGCAUCAGGAUAGAUAAUAAUAAGGUAUUUGAGGUAGAUAUGCACAUGAAGGUAGGGUAAAGUGACUAGGCAUCAGGAAAGAUAAUAAUGAGGUAUUUGAGGUAGAUAUGUACAUGAAGGCAGGGUAAAGUGACGAAGCAUAAGGAUAGAUAAUAAUAAUAAGAGCCUCUACAGGUGGACAAUCUGAAAUUUUUCAAAGUGUGACCCAUGAUAAGACUGUCAAGCACCAGUGAUACUUAUUGGAAGCAUGGAACUUGGCAUAAACCAUUGCAUUAUGGGAACAUGAACCCAAGCAUUAGAGGAAUCAUUUUUCUCCAGAAUACAGUACAUUAUGUCCCCCUAGCUAUGCUAUACAGUAAUGCUAUACUGAUUAGUAGUUGUUUAUCAUUUAUUUAAAAUCAAAUCAAAGUUUAUUUGUCACGUGUGCCGAAUACAACAGGUGUAGUAGACCUUAUAGUGAAAUGCUUACUUACAGGCUCUAACGAAUAGUGCAAAAAAGGUAUUAGGUGAACAAUCGGUAAGUAAAGAAAUAAAAACAACAGUAAAAAGACAGUGAAAUACAGUAGCGAGGCUAUAAAAGUAGAGAGGCUAUAUACAGACACCAGUUAGUCAGGCUGAUUGAGGUAGUAUGUACAUGUAGAUAUGGUUAAAGUUGCCAUGCAGUAGUAGAGAGAACAGUCUAUGACUGGGGUGGCUGGGGUCUUUGACAAUUUUUAGGGCCUUCCUCUGACACCGCCUGGUGUAGAGGUCCUGGAUGGCAGGCAGCUUAGCCCCAGUGAUGUACUGGGCCAUACACACUACCCUCUGUAGUGCCUUGCAGUCGGAAGGCCGAGCAAUUGCCGUACCAGGCAGUGAUGCAACCAGUCAGGAUGCUCUCAAUGUUGCAGCUGUAGAACUUUUUGAGGAUAUCAGGACCCAUGCCAAAUCUUUUUAGUUUCCUGAGGGGGAAUAGGCUUUGUCGUGCCCUCUUCACGACUGUCUUGGUGUGUUUGGAUCAUUCUAGUUUGUUGGUGAUGUGGACACCAAGGAAUUUGACGCUCUCAACCUGCUCCACUACAGCCACGUCGAUGAGAAUUGGGGCUUACUCGGUCCUCCUUUUCCUGUAGUCCACAAUCAUCUCCUUAGUCUUGGUUACGUUGAGGGAUAGGUUGUUAUUCUGGAACUACCCGGCCAGGUCUCUGACCUCCCUAUAGGCUGUCUCAUCGUUGUCGGUGAUCAGGCCACUGUUGUGUCAUCUGCAAACGAAGUCAUGGUGUUGGAGUCGUGCCUGGCCAUGCAGUCCUGGGUGAACAGGGAGUACAAGAGGGGACUGAGCACGCACCCCUGGGGGCUCCAGUGUUGAGGAUCAGCAUGGCAGAUCUGUUGCUACCUACCCUCCCCACCUGUGAGGCGGCCCGUCAGAAAGUCCAGGAUACAGUUGCAGAGGGAGGUGUUUAGUCCCAGGUUCCUUAGCUUAGUGAUGAGCUUCGAGGGUACUAUGGUGCUGAACGCUGAGCUGUAGUCAAUGAAUAGCAUUCUCACAUAAGUGUUCCUUUUGUCCAGGUGGGAAAGGGCAGUGUGGAGUGCAACAGAGAUUGCAUCAUCUGUUGAUCUGUUUGUGCGAUAUGCAAAUUGUAGUGGGUCUAGGGUUUCUGGGAUAAUGGUGUUGAUGUGAGUCAUUACCAGCCUUUCAAUGCACUUCAUGUCUACGGACGUGAGUGCUACGGGUCUGUAGUCAUUUAGGCAGGUUGUUUUUGUGUUCUUGGGCACAGGGACUAUGGUGGUCUGCUUGAAACAUGUUGGUAUUACAGACUCAAUCAGGGACAUGUUGAAAAUGUCAGUGAAGGUACCUGCCAGAGCACACGGCCUGGUAAUCCGUCUGGCAACGCAGCCUUGUGUAUGUUGACCUGUUUAAACGUCUUACUCACGUUGGCUACGGAGAGUGUGAUCACACAGUCGUCCGGAACAGCUAAUGCUGUCAUGAUGCAUGCCUCAGUGUUGCUUGCCUCGAAGCGAGCAUAGAAGUGAUUUAGCUCGUCUUGUAGGCUCGUGUCUCUGGGCAGCUCGACUGUGCUUCCCUUUGUAGUCUGUAAUAGUUUGCAAGCACUGACACAUAAGACGAGCAUCGGAGCCGGUGUAGUAUGAUUCAAUCUUAGGCCUGUAUUGACACUUUGCCUGUUUGAUGGUUCGUCGCAGGGCAUAUCAGGAUUUCUUGUAAGUUUCCGGGUUAGAGUCCCGCACCUUGACAGCGGCAGCUCUGCCCUUUACCUCAGUGCGGAUGUUGCCUGUAAUCCAUGGCUUCUGGUUGGGGUGUGUAAGUACAGUCACUGUGGGGACGACGUCCUCGGUACAGUCACUGUGGGGACGACGUCCUCGGUACAGUCACUGUGGGGACGACGUCCUCGGUACAGUCACUAUGGGGACGACGUCCUCGGUACAGUCACUGUGGGGACGACGUCCUCGAUGCACUUAUUGAUGAAACCAGUGACUGAUGUGGUGUACUCCUCAAUGCCAUCAGAAGAAUCCCGGAACAUAUUCCAGUCUGUGCAAAACAGACCUGUAGUUUAGCAUCUGCUUCAUCUGACCACUUUUUUAUAGACUGAGUCACUGGUGCUUCCUGCUUUAAGGGCGAGGGAGAGCUUUGUACGCGUCUCUGUGUGUGGAGUACAGGUGAUCUAGAAUUUUUUUUUUCUCUCUGGUUGCAGAUUUAACAUGUUGAUGGAAAUUUGGUAGAAGUGAUUUAAGUUUCCCUGCAUUUAACCAAAUUCCAGUGGCUUCUAUUGUUUGUUUUCUUGCACAAGAGUUUGUUAAUAAUAGAUUUGUACUAAUAAUAUAUACUGAACAAAAAUAUAAACGCAACAUGCGACAAUUUCAAAGAUUUGACUGAGUUACAGUUUGCAUAAGGAAAUCAGUCAAUUUACAUAAGUAGGCCCUAAUCUAUGGAUUUCACAUGACUGGGAAUACAGAUAUGCAUCUGUUGGUCACAGGUACCUUAAAAAAAAGUAGUGGGGCGUGGAACAGAAGACCAGUCAGUAUCUGGUGUGACCAUCAUUUGCUCCAUGCAGCACACAUUUGCUGGAUAUUGGCAGGAACUGGAACAGGUUCGUACACGUCAAUCCAGAGCAUCCCAAACAUGUUCAAUGGCUGACAUGUCUGGUGAGUAUGCAGGCAAUGGAAGAACUGCCACAUGGGGCCGUGCAUUAUCAUCAGUGGCGACCUGUAAUUCAGGGCAGGUGGGGCUCUGUUUUGAGCACCAGAGUUUUUGCAAAAAUGUUUUUUUUUUAAUUGUUUUUGUUUUUUUGGGCUUGCCUGUUUUGCAUGUUAUUUUGUCAUUAAUACUUGUCACAUAUUAGUUUGCAAACAAUGUAAAAAAAAAAAAAGAUUUAUAUAAUUGAGUUAAUAAAGCUACAUACAAACAUGGUCUCUAUUUUGUUUUCCUGAGAAAGGCAGCUCCAAAAUGCAGAUGUUUCAGCCUAGCUCAGUGCUUUCUGUGGUGGUGGAGCAAGCCAGCAGAAAAUACAGAGCAUUGCACCGUGAUUGGCUCAGUGUUCUGUCACUUAUGGGGACACCACGUCACCUCCAAGUCUAAGGGUAGAGACAGAAAAUUCUAGCCUCUGGGUGCUGCCAUAGAGUUACAGUAUAAGUGCCCAUCCAAGAAGGCUCAAGGUCAUUCGCCACAGAUAAAAUGAUGUCAAAUCAUGUUUUAUGUACAGUAGCUUUGAUUGGACUGAUCAUGUCAUCAUCUUACUUUCAAAAUCUAGCAGUCAUCAAUAAUCCUUGUCAUAUGAAGAGAAAGAAUGAAGAGAAAAUAUUGAAAAAACGAUAAACAUUACACAACAAGUUGGAAAUCGCAAAUUCAACAAUGAGUGGUUUGGAGGGAUCAGUGACAGUAGCUAACUGCAAGCAUUGCAAUGUAAUCACUAGCCUGCUAUUCAGUCGAGUGGCUGUGUGGUCCCAAACCUGGGAUUAAUAACCUCUUAAGGAUCUAACCCUUUUUUUCAAUUUUCGCCUAAAAUGACAUACCCAAACCUAACUGUCUGAAGCAAGGAUAUGCAUAAUCUUGAUACCAUUUGAAAGGAAACACUUUGAAUAUCAUUUUCUAUAUCAUAUUUGAAAUGCAAGAGAAAGGCCACACAGUAUUCGUGCAGUUCAGGCACAAUGUAGAUUCUGGCCACUAGAUGGCAGCAGUAUAUGUGCAUCAUUUUAGACUGAUCCAAUGAACCAUUGCAUCACUGUUCAAAAUGUCUGCCCAAAUGUGCCUAAUUGGUUUAUUGAUACAUUUUCAAGUACAUACCUGUGCAUGCUCCUCAAACAAUAGCAUGGUAUUAUUUCACUGUAAUAGCAGGGGUGUAAAGUACUUAAGUACUUUAAGUAAAAAUACUUGAAAGUACUACUUAAGUCAUUCCUAAAGAAAAUGAUGUACUUUUUACUCCAUACACUUUCCCUGGCACCCAAAAGUACUUUUUAUAUUUUGAAUGCUUAGCAGGACAGUAAAAUGGUCUGAUUCAAACACUUAUCAAGAGAACAUCUCUGGUCAUCCCUACUGCCUCUGAUCUGGCGAACUCACUAAACAAAUGCUAUAUUUGUAAAUUAUGUCUGAGUGUUGGCGAAAGCCCCUGGCAAUGCUUAAAAAAAAUAUAUGAAAAUGGUGCCAUCUGCUUUAUUUAAUAUAAGGAAUCUGAAAUUAUUUAUACUUCUACUUUUGAUACUUAAGUGUAUUUAAAACCAAAUACUUUUAGACAUUUAUUCAAGUAUAAUUUUACUGCGGGACUUUUACUUGAGUCAUUUUCUAUUAAGGUUUUUUACUUUUACUCAAGUAUGACAAUUGGGUACUUUUAACAUCACUGUGUAAUAGCUACUGUAAAUUGGACAGUGCAGUUAGUUUAACAAGAAUUUAAGCUUUCGGCCCAUAUAAGACAUGUCUAUGUCCUGGGAAAUGUUCUUGUUACUUACAAUGUCAUGCUAAUCAUAUAUCUCCCAUGGGAGAGGACAUCGAUCCCGUAGAGGUUUUAAGGGGUUCUUUUCCCAGUUUUAAAUAAUACACUUUCAACAUUGGCCAUGCUGUCAAUGAAGCAUGAGUUGUGCCGCACUCAAAAUACUAUUAACUCAGAACUACGAAAACGUGACUUCAGUGAGUUCAAGACAACUGUGAAGUCGGGAAAAAACGAGCUCCAACUGGAAAAAUACAUUCAAAUCGGUCAUUCAACUCGGAAUUCCAAGUUGGGAACUCGGGCCUCCUCCUAGAGCUCCAAACUGAAGAUCAAUGACCUUAUUAUUCAACCAUGUGUUUUUCCGAGUUCCCAGUUGUCUUAAAAGCACCAUCAAUCCAGAGAAUGCCAGACUUUGAUGACAAAGUUUGAUGACAAAAUUUCCCCACCUUCCUGUUCAUGUGAGCACAGUACAAUAAGGUGAGUCCAAAAAUGUCUUGGAAGCUGCUGCAUAAAUGAUGUAAUAUGCCAGGGAGAUAUGUAUACUGUAGCUAAGAUGGUAAUACUAAGCGUAUGUUGUGAAGUAAGCUGUCAGUAGCCCAUGCGGCUCACCCUAAUCAUUGUGUCCCUUUUCCUCUCCUAACUUAGCCUACUGCUCUGACUUACUGGUGCAUAUGUAGCCUAUAGCCUGUUUUAGAGAAAUGUCAUCAUUGAAUAUUGAAAGAGCUUUUAUUGUCUGCUUUUAAGCCCCCUUUAUUUAUCCUACAGUUCUGACUUGGUGUACAGUGUUGAACAAGAUAAAGUAAAACUUGACUUUACUCCUCUGUUUGGUCUGAAAUACCAGGAGGUGUGAGUACAUUUGUUUCAGAGUCUUGCCAUCUCUCCACCCUCUGCUUCAACCAACUGUCUCUCUAGAACAGUGGCCGUAAUCCAACUGAAGACUGGUAUGUGGCACAUGAUGUAGAGUCUCCUUGAUGACUUAAUGUGUGUGAUGAUUCUGCUAGCCAGGUUCUCAUCACUGAUUCUAUUCUUGAAGUACUCCUCUUUCUGUGGGUCGUUGAAACUUCGUACCUCUGUCACCUGGUCCAAAUACUCAGAAGGGAUCUGAUUGGCUGAUGCAGGUCGGGAAGUUGUCCAGAGUGGAGCAGUUUCCCCUUGAUGAGCUCCCGAACAGGAAGUGGAAAUAUGAAGUGGAUAUCCUGAUUAGCUCUUCCUUCGGCCCAGUCCAGAAUGAACUUCUGCGCAGAGACUGUUUUACCAAUGCCAGCGACUCCCGUUGUCAGCACAGUUCUGAUAGGCUUGUCUUGUCCAGCUCUGUAAAGAUCUUAUUGAGAAGACUUGGGUUUCCUAGGACAGCUAUUCCUUCAAACACACACCGAAACUUCUUCUUCAGGAAGUGAAGUGUGAUCCUCUCUGGCCCUGCUCUCCUGCUUCUCAUCUUCAGCAUUCUCUCUCUGACUCAAAGCAUUCUGGGAGAUCUGGACUCAGAAUCCUCUUGAAACUCUUCAGUUCUUUCUUCACUAAAGAUAUGACAGUCUCUUCAAGUGACUGAGAAAGAGAAGUGUUUUUCUUUUCUUUUUUACAUUUAGGUGUAAUUCAUUCUGCACAAGCAACUGAAACCAACCAAUACAAAAAAAAGUUAAUUAAAAUGAUAUUUGGCCUUCUUUUCAGCGGUUUUUACAUUUAGGGAAACCCAUUGGGAAUUCAGACAAAAGAAUGUCAGUUCAAUUACAUUUUUAUGUAUGACAGCUCACCAUGAAUGUUUUAUUGUACCUUUUUUUAACUAGGCAACUCAGAACAAAUGCUUAUGUUCAAUGAUGACCUAGGAACAGUGGGUUAACUGCCUUGUUCAGGGGCUGAAUGACAGAUUUUUACCUUGUCAGCUCCAGGAUUCGAUCUUGCAACCUUUCAGUUACUAGUCCAACACUCUAACCACUAGGCUGCCUGCCGCCUCAUGAGGAAUAUCGAGUCCAGGUCUGUUGUAUGACUUUGGGAAGACUGACCACUGGAAAUAUCUGCUUCUGAUCUCUCCUGUUGGUCUCUGUAAGAAAAAGAAGUUGACUACAACUGAUCAACCAGCUUCACCCCAAAACAAUGACACAAUACUUCUUAUCCCUGUUUAGUAGAGAAGUCUCCCUCUCUGAGGUUUACUGGUUUUCCCAUAGACUCUUCACUCUUCAUCAACAGACAGCUGGGUACAGGGGAUUCUGGGCUCUUGUGUCUGUGCAUCAAAGCUGGGACCGAGUGACUGAAAACCAGCUUCUAUCUCAAGGCCAUCAGCCUGUUAAACAGCCAUCACUAACAUUGAGUGGCUGCUGCCAACAUACUGACUCAAAUCUCUAGCCACUUUAAUAAUACAACAAUUGAUGUAAUAAAUGUAUCACUAGUCACUUUAAACAAUGCCACUUUAUAUAAUGUUUGCAUACCCUACACUACACAUCUCACAUGUAUAUACUCUAUACCAUCUACUGCAUCUUGCCUAUGCUGUUCAUCCAUAUAUUUAUGUACAUAUUCUUAUUCAUUCCUUUGUUAUUGUGAAAUUGUUAGAUUACUUGUUAGAUGUUACUGCACGGUCGGAACUAGAAGCACAAGCAUUUCACUACACUCGCAUUAACAUCUGCUAACCAUAUGUAUCCAAUAAAAUUUGAUUUGAUUUGUUCUUGUUGUUCUGUAUAUGUCAUUCUGUAUUAUGUUUUGUGUGGACCCCAGGUAGAGUAUCUGCUGCUUGUGCAACAGCUACUGGGGAUAAUAAAAUACCAAGUCGCUCUUUCAGUUUUAA